AUGAUGGCUCUGUGGAUCCAGCUCCAUCUAGCCUUUCUCCAGCUCAGCAUCAACCAGCUCUUGGUCCAGAAGACCAGUUCCCAGGAAUCAGCAAUAAACCUGACCUCAUCCAUCAACCUGGCUAUCCUUCAACACCUGGGAUUUCAGGAGGCCAUCCAGAUUCUGAAAAAUGGGAGUGCGCCACUGCUAAUAAGCAUGCAGGUGUUUGUGUCCAAUGUGUUUAAUUCGCACAGUGCUGAUGCUAAGGCUGUCCUGGCUGCUCGUCUAACCUGGAAUGUUAAUGUGCAUUCCCAGCAUGCAGUCACACUGCCCUGGAAUUCCCUCUGGACACCCAGACUCACAUUCCAGGAAGUGCUACGAGUGGACUGGAAGGUCCAAGACACAUAAGCCUGAGUGGACCAGGAUGGUCAUGUAGUUAACUUGGCCCUAACCAUGGAGAUCAAUUGUGACUUUGAGCUCCUCCAUUUCCUCAGGGACCGCAGUGACCGUAGCCUCAGUUUCGACCCUUUCAGCAGCACUGUGGUGGGGCUGGUGUUCCACACCCAUGUGCAGGAUGAGAGUGUCAAGAGAGAACAUGCAGUUGGUGACUUGAAAGCUCAGGUCCCACGCCAGCAUCCCAUGCCCUGCUCCAGCUGA